GUUACGGCCCAUCCUCGCUGUCACUGUCAGGCAGUGUUUGACAGCAGCUCAGCAGUUGCCCGGGCUGCUUCACUUCCCCCGGCCCCCGGCUCUUGACAAAUCCAUCAAUCAUUCACGCAUCCGUUCAUCCCGUCUCAAAUCUAGUCUCCAGUCAUAGUACUCUCACCACCAUCCGCGUAUCUGUUCGCUCUCCAUUAUCUAUAUCUGGAGUCGGCAAUAGCCUUAACGUUCUCAAAUCAAGCAACCGAAACCGGCAUCAUCAUCCACAACGCUUUCGGCAGAAGAGGACAAACAGUCUCACCUUGAGACAAAAAGUACCUCUCUACUUCUCAUCAGGCUCCUGGCAAUCAAUCAACCGUACACACUCCCAAGCCUCUCUCCAAUUGGACGACGGGUUGGGACCAGAGUCCCGAUCUGCUUACUCUGCGCCAGUAGCUUGGCCUCGGCAAGGCCAGGUAUUGGCAGGGCACAGGGGAGGAAGAAGUGGAAGGGAAAAAAGGAAAAAAAAUAAAAAAAAAUAAGAAAAGGUCCCAGGAACAAACCGUUUUGGGACUGUGUGUGGACUUUGUGGGGUGUGGACUGCAUCGUGAAAGUGAGACCCUGCGUCAAACAGCGAGCUGGAGCCCACUCCUUUGCGGACCACGGCACAGCCAAGCGCUCACCCGUUCAGCUGGUCUUCUGGCCUCUCCUCCAUUCCCCGUUCCCGUCUCAUUUUGGAGCGUGUCUGAGAACUAGAAACAUACAGAGCCAAACAAUUCCAGUGCCACUCGUUUACAGUCACCUCGGCUUUGUUUUUUUGGGCCGAAACACUUUCCGACCCUGCAGCACGGCACCGUGAACGGCACAGCAACGGCUAUCUAGGAAGACCCUUCAGCUGCUUUUCCUCCCCAGUCGGGUCUUCCCGAUCCUGUUCGACGUAUUCCCGUUCUUUUUCUCCAUCCUGUUUCUUCUUCUGUCUGCAGGCUGAUCAGCUCAGCAUCCUCAGCCAGUCCUCUCUUUCUCUUGGGAUCCUUCUUUAACCAAGGGGGUGUUGCGCGCGCUUCAGUCAGUGUGCGGCUCACCUUGUUCACAAUACCUCUUGUCCACUCGACAUCAGCAGCACAGCCGAUCAAUCGGAACUUGGGUUUUGUUGGCUUUGAUCUUUUGGAUCGUCGGGAUAUCGCCGCGACUUUGGCAGUUCGUAACAAGCUGUUUUUGUUUGGGUUGCGUCCGGGAUUCACGAUCAGAUACACGAUAUACAUCACAUUACUCGCUCUGUCGACAUACUGAUCUUUCGACGUGGCCAUCACUGGCCUUGCCUCACCCUCGUUAACAAUCCAUCUACCUUUCGUUCACCAACAACCCAGUCGUCAAUCAUCAUGGCCGAUGAUGUCGAAACCCAGGCUGAGAAGGCCCAGCCGGUUACGCGGUCGAUUCAUCCAGUCUUUUAUAUCGCGAGUUGGAUAUUCUUUUCUAAUAUCACCAUUCUCUUCAACAAAUGGUUGCUUGCUCCACACAGGUUUAGUUAUCGUAUGUUAAAUCCGCCACCGCUUUCGUUAAUUGGAGCCAACUGACCAUGAAACCUCACAGCCACUAUCCUAACAUGUUGGCAUCUCAUCUUCGCGACCAUCGCCACCCAAGUCCUUGCCAGGACAACCACCCUUCUCGAUGGCCGCAAGAGUGUCAAGAUGACGGGCCGUCUUUACCUGCGCGCCAUCGUUCCCAUCGGCUUCCUCUUCAGCGGAAGUCUCGUCUGCAGCAACAUGGUCUAUCUCUACCUCAGCGUCGCCUUCAUCCAGAUGCUCAAGGCCGCCGCGCCCGUGGCCGUCCUGCUGACCGCCUGGGUCUGGGGCGUUGAGCAGCCGUCACAGUCACGGCUGAUUAACGUUUUGUUCAUCGUCUUUGGCGUUGGGCUUGCCAGCUUCGGCGAGAUCGCUUUCUCGCUCACCGGUUUCCUCUUUCAGCUCGGCGGGAUCGUGUUCGAGGCCAUGCGGCUCAUCAUGAUUCAGGUUUUGCUCAAGGGCGAUGGUCAGAAGAUGGACCCGCUCGUCAGUCUGUACUACUUUGCUCCCGUCUGCGCAUCGAUGAACUUUGUCGUUGCGUUGUUUACCGAGUUCCGCUCUUUCAACAUUGCUGAUUUGUACAACACGGGUCUUUGGUGUCUUCUCCUAAACGCCGUAGUGGCGUUCAUGUUGAACAUCAGCAGUGUCUGUCUUAUUGGCAGAACCUCCGGCCUUGUAAUGACCCUCACCGGUAUCCUCAAAAACAUCCUUCUCGUCGUCGCCUCCGUCAUGAUCUGGCAGACCUCCAUCACCCCCCUGCAGUUCCUCGGCUACGCCAUCGCCCUCGCCGGGCUCGUCUACUACUCCCUCGGCCGCGACCAGAUCGUCGAGAUCACUACCCAGUUCUGGACCUUCCUACGGGGCGUGUGGGAAAACUCGCCGGCUUACUCGUCUGUCUCUUCCUCGUCCUCGGACGAAGGAAACGGUCAACAACAAGGAGGUGGCUUGCCAUCGGCGGUCCGACGAGCCCUGUUGAUGGGGCUGGGCGUGAUGGUUGUCGUCAUUUUGGCGGCUGGGUAUAUCUACAGUGGCGCUGACCCAAGUGGUGGCGGGGCUGCGGUGGGUGUACCCAGGCCGCUUGGUGGUGGUGGUGGAGACGCGAGCAGUGUUAAACCAGUUCCGGUGGCUUCGUGAAUUAGCGGGAAAGAAAAUUGGGCGGUGAUGAAAAUUGUAUGCGGAGCUUGAGAAAAGGACGAAAGAAAGUAUCGGGCAGCGAGAAACGACCGGGUUACUCAAAGAAACGAAACGAAAAGAGGACAGACUGCGACGACUUGGGCAAUCUGUCCAUGGCCUCCGUACUGGUUCUUCAACGAAGAGACGGAUAUUAUACAUGGUCGGGACUACGGAAAAAUUGGGUGUCUAAUGGAUGGAAUAUUUGGAAACACAGGGCUGGCGGGCUUGGGUAUAAUGAUACAACAUCAACAACAGAAAAUAGAAACAAGGAACUGGGCGAUUUCCAACCCGGGUUCGCGGAAGAAAAUAGAACACUACAACAACAACAACAACAACAACAAUGACCCGAAACGAGCGAGCGAGCGAACAACGCCAUUGAUCAAUCGAACCGACAAACCGACUAGAUGCUAAUAUAUGCCUGUUGUGCUACUACUGGUUUUCGACAGGAAACAAAGGGAUUGAAGUGAGCGGUCUGAAGGUAGUCCUUAGACAGUAGCCAUGUUGUUUUAUUGUGGGUUUGAUGCAGACCACACUGCAGUUACCAUACUUGAACUUGCUGGGAUUCAGUGGUCAUUUUUGGCUGAUACACUUGCUGUUGCUGUCAGAAGUGAUGGAUUUCACAAUAAGAGUACAAUCGUAGUAGUAAUAGUAGUGGUGGUGGUGGUGGUCAUGAUAGUGUGAAAAAAUGGGGGAAUAUAACAGCUCUUCAGUAAACGCUGUGGCAUGGUUAAUCGUUGGCUUUGAAUUUGUUUUGCUGAAGAAAUAC